UCAUAUCAGAACCGUGAAAGUUAGUUUUCUCUUACAUCCAGUUCAAAAUACGGCAGAUAUGAGACGUCUGUAAACAUAGUGUGGAUAGCGGAACAACCCUACUGGUGGGAUAUACUCGAUAUCGAUCCUUACUGAUCCACAAAUGACAAACAGGAUACCCAAUUGAUGAGGCCCAAGGAACGGACGAGAGAGGACUAGCUGGCCACCUCCGCCCCCCCCGCAGACCUUCCUGUCUCACCGCAGGCCGAUAAAAAAAUAGAGCGAGAGCAGAGCGACGCCAUUAGCGUCCGGCUCUUUUUGCGCCACUGUUUCCUGCUUGUGUUGGUCCCCGGGAGCGUUUCAAAACUGUUUCUCCAACGCUUUUUCCAGAAACUCAGACUGUUUUCCAGAGCAGAAGCAGCAGCUCAGCCCUCCCCGACAGAGGUGAUGGGAAGCUCGCGGCCCAACCGCUACAGUAUUGUGUCAUCCGAGGAAGACGGCAUGAAAUUGGCCACCAUGGCCGUGCCCAAUGGCUACGGCAACGGCAAGAGCAAAGUGCACACGCGCCACCCGGCGCACAGCCGCUUCGUCAAGAAGGACGGCCACUGCAAUGUGCAGUUCGUCAACGUUAGCGAGAAGGGUCAGCGCUACCUGGCCGACAUCUUCACCACCUGUGUGGACAUCCGCUGGCGCUGGAUGUUCGUCAUCUUCUGCAUGGCUUUCCUCCUGUCCUGGCUCUUCUUCGGCUGCAUCUUCUGGCUGGUGGCCAUCCUGCAUGGCGACCUGGACAACGGCAGCGGUCAACUAAGCGGCCAGCGGUGCGUGUCCAACGUCAGCACCUUCACAGCGGCGUUCCUCUUCUCCAUCGAGACGCAGACCACCAUCGGGUACGGGUACCGCUACGUCACGGACGAGUGCCCAGUCGCUGUCUUCAUGGUGGUCUUCCAGAGCAUCGUGGGCUGCAUCAUCGACGCCUUCAUCAUCGGCGCGGUCAUGGCCAAGAUGGCCAAGCCCAAGAAGCGCAACGAGACGCUGGUGUUCAGCCACAACGCUACGGUGGCCAUGAGGGACAACAAGCUGUGUCUGAUGUGGCGUGUGGGCAACCUGCGCAAGAGCCACCUGGUGGAGGCUCAUGUCCGUGCCCAGCUCCUCAAGUCCCGCACCACGGCCGAGGGCGAGUUCAUUCCCCUCGACCAGAUGGACAUUGAUGUGGGCUUCGACAGCGGCGUUGACCGCAUCUUCCUCGUCUCCCCCAUCACCAUCGUCCAUGAGAUCGACGAGGACAGCCCGUUCUACGACAUGAGCAAGCAGGAGCUGGAGACGUCCGAGUUCGAGAUCGUGGUCAUCCUGGAGGGCAUGGUGGAGGCCACGGCCAUGACCACCCAGUGCCGCAGCUCCUACCUGGCCAGCGAGAUCCUGUGGGGCCACCGCUUCGAGCCCGUCCUCUUCGAGGAGAAGAACUACUACAAGGUGGACUACUCGCGCUUUCACAAGACCUACGAGGUGCCCAGCACCCCUCUGUGUAGCGCGCGGGACUUGGCAGAGAAAAAAUACAUCCUGUCCAACUCCAACUCCUUCUGCUACGAGAACGAGGUGGCCCUGCUGAACAAAGAAGAGAAGGAGGAGGCGAACAUGGGUGGGGUGGGAUUGGAGGGCACCCACACGGAUACGAUUUCGCUGAACAUUACAGAGUCGGAGCACAACCAGGCCACUCUGCCUCUCGAACCGCGGCCACUGCGGCGAGAAUCUGAAAUAUGACUUUUCCCAGACCUCCUGAUGAAGGUUUUUUUUAAGCAGUCACCCUUUGUUCAAAAAGGCACAAUGAGAGCUGAAUAUAGGGCCCUUCAGGGGGGUGGAGAGAUCCAAGCUGACGGUACUGCUGUGAUAAAGGUUUUUUUGAGAAGGAGCUAUCUGUCAUAAGAGGGUUCACAGGAAAACGCAUGGCAAAACAAAAUACAGCACAGAGACAUGGCACCAUGACAGAAGAGCAUGCAAACGAGCAAAAGCAGUUAUAAAAAAAUCUGUAAAACUACUUUUGUUUAGACAGUUGAUUCUGUGUCACAGAUAGUGGUAGAGGUGAGAGAUGGCUAGCAAAACUUGAAAAAAAAAAAACAACAACACUCACACAAGCAUGUCAUCUUGUUAAUCUGACCAGCAACAACCAGAACAAUGUCAAUUAAGAUAAGCAUUUUAUGAUCACUUCAUUCAAUUUGUUGUCUUUCAGUGUCACUGUGGAGAAAAAAAGGUAAUUUUACAGAGGGAACAAUUUACUGAAUCACACUGAGCUGAAGCAUCCACUGUGGUCAGCAGGCACUGGGGCAUAUUUUGAAUGUUUCAUACUGUUUGCUGAAACCACAGACAGUUUUAUCAUUAUUAUUAUUUUUUUUUACGUAGCAUGUUUGCACAUUUAUUGACCCCUAGACAGAGCUCUGACAUAUAAUUAAUUAUUACAUAAAUGCUGCAAUUCAGUUCUAUGAAUCAGCGUUCUAUUUCACAGAAGGUGGAAGAUUCUUCUCCAUAUUUUCCAGGGAAAGUGCAAAUGACUAAGGCCCUGGGCUUCAGAUAUGCAAUUGUUUUGUUUGUCGUGUUGGGGGCAAUAGGGAUUCUGGAAAAGACACAAUUGUUUGGAAAACACACAGGCAAUUUUAUCCUUUUCUUUUUAUUAGAACCAGUUUCCUAGCAGAGCCUAUAUUGCCAAGUGGAACAAACCUUUUUUUUUUUCAAAGAUAAACAUUACACCUGAAAAACAGGAAAUACAAGGAAAACAAUCAUGUGUCUGCAAGUACUAUCGAAGAUCAUCAGUUUUUUUUUUAAACUUAACUGAAAAAGGUUGCAUAAAUGUGUUGUUCUUAUAAUGGGCUGGUCUCAUUAAGGACUGAAAUAUAUGAAAAAGGUGGGACAAGGUUUUCUGGUUUAUCCCGUAAACCUGUACAUUAUUUAAUGUAGCAAGACACUGCACACGCUUCCAAGCAUGUGCACACAAAAUACCUUAAACACAUAUGUUAGUAUCAACUCUAAACAGAAAGAUGGGAUGCCAGUUUCUGAGCUUGAGAUAGCCACUGUAUCCCUGCCUAAGAGUCUUCACACAUGACCAAUGGUCAAAUUAUGAACAAUAUGUCUGAAAAUAUAAUCAUUCAUGGAGGUAUGAUGAUCUCGGUUAUUUUGUUCGACAUCCGUAGAUAUUUAGAUUCAAUAUGGUGAUAUUGGUUAUUGCUGGUCAAAUAGACAGAGACAUACCUGUUGAAGAUGAUGCAUCAGACAGGGUCAUAAGUUAAGAGUGAACGAAGCACAGAUAACAACAAACCCAAUAGGGUAAAAAAGAGACAAAAAAAAAAAAAUGUGUGAAAGAAUGUUUUA